AUGACAAUUGCUCUCUCUGGGAAGAAUAAAUUGAGAUUUGUAGAUGGAAGCCUUGCAAGGCUAACCAAUAACUCAGCUGCUAAAGCAUGGGACAUGGUAGACAAUGUGGUGAUGGGUUGGAUUAUUGCGGUUUUGGAAGAUUCGAUUGCAAAUAGCAUCUUAUCUUACAAGACUUCUAAGGAUAUAUGGGAUGAAAUAAAUGAAAGAUAUGGGCAAAGUUCAAAUGCUCAGAUGUUCUCACUACAAGAAGAACUGAAUGCUUUGACACAAACCACAGAUCUGAGCAUAUCAGAUUUCUUUAUUAAGAUCAAAAAUUUAUGGGAUGAAUUUGAUGGAUUAAAUCCAAUACCAACAUGCUCAUGCAAUGCAACAGCUUCCGGCACAUGUAAUGUUGCCAAGAAAAUAUUCAAGAUGCAAAAAAAUAGUAAGGUGAUCAGUUUCUUGAUGAAACUUGAUAAAAGAUACAAACAAGUGAGGAGUAACAUGCUAAUGAUGCAUGAUUUUCCCACUGCUACACAAGCUUAUAGGAUCUUAUUGCAAGAAGAGACACACUUGCAAUUAAGCACUAGUGGAGGAAAUAUAAACGAUUCUAUGGCAUGCAGAGUUGAGAAACUCAAAUUUCAAGACAAGGGAAGCAAUAGAUACAAUAUUACAAAAAGCUUCAAGUCUAAGAGACCAAGUUUAUGGUGUGACCAUUGCAAAAUGAAUGGGCACACUAAAGGGAAGUGCUGA